AUUAUUUGAAAUUAUCUAGACACAAUAUAAUAUCGUGUUAUACAUGGUAAAAGAAUUUAUAUCAAACUUCAACAUCUACAAACAGUCCUUUAAAGGAUUCGCUAUUGUUCUUCAAAAAAUGCAACAUCGGAUUCAUCAUGGAUGGGUUUUCUCGUAUGUAAAUGAUUAUUCGAAUGUAAAAUAACACUUUUGUAAGAAUAUUUUACACUAACGAAUCGUGCGACGAAACGUUACAGCAAUAAUUAUGCAUCAUGUCGAACGUAAUAACUGAUUGUCAAUAUCAAUCAGUUUCGAUGAAAAAGCAUACAACAAUGAUCAAUGACAGUGACGUUGACAGCUGGAAGACGGAAUCCGAUUCUAAUGAAUCUGAUCAAAGGGAAAUUGGUCUCGUCGAUCAUCGCGCAAAUUACGAUAGAACUCAAGAAAAUGUGGCGAAAACCUCGAGUUCCGGCCCCGAGAUUCGGUACAUCAACCCUGCCAUUUAUACGGAGUCUGUCGGCGAAGAGGAACACGACGACGUGACGCAGAUUCAUAGAUCUGAUGAGAAUGAUCGAUAUUGUAACGGAAAUAUAAUCAACACGAAUCACGAUGAUUCCGAGUCUUCGACGAUUGAUCUACCCUCCAUGAAGAAUGCGAUCGAACAUCCGGUACAGAACGGUACAGGACGGAGCACCUAUAGAUGUUACUCGACAUCCUUACCAGAUACCGCAUUGUCUUCCGAAUCGUUCACCGUUCGAUCCGUGGAUGAUCAAUCAUGCAGGAGGACCGCGCGAAUAGAACGACGGUGCAAGAUCAACAGCGUUUCGACGAAUGUCGAUCAGAAUGAAGAGACGACGAAACGAGACCAAUAUCGCGAAAGUCAUUCGAACAACCGCCAAGUCGUGCGAAUUUCUAUGACGUCGCUCUCGACCGGUCCAAGCGUCGACGAUUGCCAGGUGUCAAAUGGUGCCGAUGGUAAAAGAAUCGGCCAUUCGGAAUGGAUCCGUAGGAAGGACGAGGCCUCGCAACGCAGGAAGGAAGAGGAGGAACGCGCGGCGAAGAAGCGACAGGAGGAGGAGGAGAGAAUGGCGCGAGAAAAGGAAGCAAAGGCGCGGCUGGAAAAGGAAAACUUUCUCAAGUGGAUAGAGAGGAAGAGGCAGCAGGAGCUCGAGAGGAAAGCGAUCCUCGAGAACGAAUUGGAAUUGCAAAGACGUUUGAAGGAGAUCGAGGAUAAGGCCGCCGUCGCGAAGACUUUGUACCUUCGUCAGUGGAUUCAGAGGAAGAAGGAGGAGCAAAAGACUCGACAUAAGGAGCAGGAGAUGAGACGGAAGAAGAUGGCCGAGGAACGCGAGAGACGGCUGGAGCAGAGUUCCAAGGCUUACGAGAAGUGGAGAGAGAACUCCAAGAAUAAACCCAAGCCCGCUACACAAGGAUUACUUCCUCAUCAGAAAGCGAAACCAGCGUAUGUAAAUCCGAUUCCGUGGCAAUCGAUCCUGGAAAUCGAUUCCGACGAAGCGCAGGAGAAUACGUUCAACGAUAAAAAGGGGAAUCACUUAAAGAUGAGCAGCAGGAAAACGAUUGCAGCGCAUGAGUGAUCGCGAGAAAUCUGGAAGAAUCUUUCACGAGACCCAACUCUUGUAUUCCAAGUAUCUUUAACGUAACAAAUUAAAAGGUAUUUGCGAAAA